AUGGCCCGGACUAAGUUUAAGUGGCUAUUAAUUAUUUAUCUCAGUCUCAUUAUUUCGAAUGAUGCAAGGUCAAUUCCGAUACUACAACCAUUGACUUUACAAACAACAGAUAGUGUUUAUCCCAAUGUUAUCCAAGAGACGCCCAUUGAGACGAUCGAAACUCUUACAAAAGACACCCAAAGCGAAUUAAAAGAAGUAACAAUAAACGGUACACGUGAUUUGCAAAAUGAAUCUUUGAUGAGAUCUAAUGUAAGGCCUGGUCAAGAAGUAAGACGGUAUACCGUUGAAAUCAAGAGAAAUGAUAAUGUUCUCGAAGGAAGGGCUGUUAUAGACGUUCAACUUACUGAAGCAACAAGAAAUAAUCCAAUACUGUUUAACGCGAUACAACUGACAGUCACCAAUGUUCUGGUCGGUGUAUUAACAAGUGCAAAUGCAGUGGCAGCAAGGUUCAGACUCGUUAAUCAACAAUUAGAAAUAACGCCAGCUCAAUCAGCUACGUCCUAUGUUGUGAUUGUAGAAUACACGAUGGCGUUAAGGGAUAAUGGUUUUGGACUUUAUAUGGGAAAAUAUCAAGACACAAAUUACAUAGCAAUGAAUCUAUAUCCAACGCAUGCCAGGCGUGUCUUCCCUUGUAUGGAUGAGCCUAAUCUAUCUACAAUUACUACAUUUACGUUUGAAAAUAUGGGAUACGAAAAUAUAAUAACUAAUGCAAUGACAGCUCCAGAAAGCCAAACUACCUUUAGAGCAUUAGAAGGACCACCUUAUUUGUGGGGUAUGGUAGCACAUGACUUCCGAACUGUCGUUUCUCCUGCUACGAAUGUUCACUUGUACGUCCGUCAAGGCGUUUCAAAUCAAGAAAACCUAGCUGCUACAGCAAUUCAUAGUUAUUAUUUAGCUUUGAAUGAAUGGACGCAAAAACCAUACACCGAAAUAAUAGCAAACCAAGAUGGGAGAAUGCACGUGCUAGCUCUACCUGACGUUUCACAAGAUUGGUAUGCGCUGUCGACCGUAUGUAUUUGGGAACCUUAUGUCCUAACGGAAAAUACCGGUUCGGCACUACAAAGGAAACUAGUGGUAGUAAAUAUCGCUGAAGCAAUGUCGAAACAGUGGUUUGGAUACGUAUUAUAUCCAGAAAAUUGGAGACAUCAGUGGAUCGUCUCUGGUCUAAGCAGUUACGCCGGUCACAGUAUCGCAAAAGCCUUCCAGACAAACCCUGAAGAUACUUCAUUAAUCGAUAUGGACGCGAUAUUCGUAACAGAUAUCAUCCAAGAGAGUCUCCUCCGUGAUUCUUUUGAAAAUUCUCAACCUCUGGAGCCAGCAGAUAACAUAUUUGUAGAAAAUCGCGUACGACUUAAUAUUAAUGGUGUUUUAAAAUACAAAGCUCCGGCGAUGUUGAGAAUGUUCAGAUUGAUUCUUGGAGAUGACGAAACAGAUGUUAUACAACGCGCUGCUAGAGCACUUCUAACAAGCAGAUCCUUACAACCUAUAAAUUUGCAAAACUUUUAUGAUUCUAUUAUAAGCGAAUUACCCGGUGAAAACUUGGUUGAUUCGAAUAUAGAAUUUAUGCAAAACUGGUUAACUAACAACGGAUACCCUCUUAUCAACGUAAGACUGCAUCAAAAUGGCGUGGUCUUAUCACAGCAACGAUUUGGACUUACCGUCGUAUCACAAGUAAACUAUUUAAUUCCAAUAUCAUACACUACUAGUGUUAACCCAAAUUUUGAUGAUAUCAAGCCUGAGUUUAUGAUGGAUACUACACACGAAUUAAAUUUCGCUCUAGAAGAUGAUGACUGGGUUAUAUUCAACUUACAAGGUCAAGGUUACUAUCGCGUGAAUUACGAUGAUCAAUUGUGGGACAGGAUUAUUGCAGCGUUGGAAGAUCCAGAGACCAGAGAAAUAAUACAUCCAUUUAACCGAGCUUCUCUACUUGAUGAUUCCCUUAAUUUGGCUCGAGCUGGAAGACUCGACUAUGACAUUGCAUUCCGGAUUGCACUUACAAUGGAACAUGAAUUAGAUUAUUCCGUCUGGCGUUCGUUCGUAAGAAAUAUGGACUUUUUGAGGAAAAGACUCUUCGAAAUGGAUGAAGAAGUAUAUGUCAGAAUGGUACGCAGAACGAUCCCGUUAUUUGAAGAAGAACUUGGUUUUGUACCAAGUACUGCAAAUGAGCCUGCUAUGGAUAGACUUACGCGAGGUUUGGUGAUGGACCACGCUUGUCGUUCUGGAUACGACCCCUGCAUUGCAGCUGCAGUGGACUUAUUUUAUGAUCCUAAUGAUAAUGAAGCCGUAAAUCCCAGUAUACCGAGUGAUAUAAGGCCAGCAGUAUACUGUACUAUGGUGAAAGUUGGUGAUGAAGGUGUAAUUGAUGCCUUACGCGAUCGAUUAGAGAUCGAACCUGUAUUAUACGAACGUGUCGUCAUAUUAGAAUCCCUGGGUUGUUCGGAUGAUGAGGAAUUUAUUAAAGAUUUACUUCAAGAAACUGUUGCCGCUACUACUGAUUACACUCCUGAGGAAAGAAUGAAAAUCUUUGCCGCUGUCGCCUCUUCGAGUUUUCAAAAUUCAUGGCUGGCAUUGGAAUUUUUGACUACACGAGCUGGUGCAAUAAGGAAUAUGUAUGGCGGAACAGACAAACUUGACGAGGCCAUAUUUAUUAUGGCUGAUAAUAUCUUGAACGAAGAGAUGGCAAGUGAUUUUAACGUUUGGGUAAAUUCAUUGGAUUCGAUAAGCAACCUUGGCGAUUCGUCCGUCGCAGCCACAGAAGCACGGAGAAUGAUUGCUCAAAAUAUUAUUUGGAAUAACAAUCUAAAGGAACAAGCUUACGACUGGAUCAACACAAACAAUGCCCCUACAAUAUUUAUUUCAACAUUUUUAGUAACUUUAUCUUUAUUAAUAACUUUAAUUAAUUAUUAA